UUUCUGUGCUAGAGGGGCACCUUCCAGGAUUACCAUCUGGUCCUUCAAACCCUGCCUGGUAACAUCCAAGGACCAAAAAAAAAAAGAAAAAAAAAGACCUUUUAAUUAUCACUUAAACAAUAGGCAGGAAACAUGGUGGGAUUCAAACCCUCAGACGUGCCUCCUCCUCUCGGGGUGAAGAUGGCGAGCGCCGGAGCAGCGGCCUGCAUUGCUGACAUCGUCACGUUUCCUCUGGACACAGCCAAAGUCAGACUACAGAUCCAAGGGGAGAAGCAAGCGGUGGAAGGCAUCCGCUACAGAGGGGUGUUUGGGACCAUCAGCACCAUGGUGCGAACGGAGGGGCCCAGGUCCCUGUAUAACGGGCUGGUGGCUGGGCUGCAGAGGCAGCUGUGCUUCGCCUCCAUCAGGAUCGGCCUCUAUGACAACGUGAAAAACUUCUACACUGGCGGCAAAGAAAAUCCAGGCGUGCUGAUACGGAUCCUGGCGGGCUGCACAACGGGCGCCAUGGCCGUGUCGUUCGCACAACCCACGGAUGUGGUCAAGGUUCGAUUCCAGGCUCAGAUGAACCUGAACGGCGUCGCUCGGCGCUACAACGGCACCAUGCAGGCCUACAGGCAAAUAUUCCUCAAUGAGGGCUUACGGGGCCUGUGGAAAGGAACAUUACCCAACAUCACAAGAAACGCGCUGGUGAACUGCACAGAACUGGUCACCUACGACCUGAUCAAAGAGGCCAUUCUCAGACACAAUCUACUGACAGAUAAUCUGCCGUGCCACUUUGUGUCCGCGUUCGGAGCGGGCUUCGUCACCACCGUCAUCGCCUCCCCGGUAGACGUGGUGAAGACCAGAUACAUGAACUCUCCGCCGGGCCAGUACCGCAGCGCCAUCAACUGCGCCUGGACCAUGAUGACCAAAGAGGGACCGACUGCGUUUUACAAAGGGUUUAUGCCCUCGUUUCUCAGACUGGGAUCCUGGAACGUGGUCAUGUUUGUCUCGUUUGAGCAAAUCAAGAGGGCCAUGAUGGCCUCACGAAGGAUGGAGGCGCCAAACUGAGACCUUCGGGAUUAAUGUCUGGUUGUAAACCUUAAAGCCAUCUGUAUGUCGUUCCUCUAAGAUGGGAAAGUGAUAUCAGUUUCUGUCGAUGCUUCAUUUUCCCUCAAACCAGAGUGUUGUAUUUAAGUUUUAACUCUUUUUUUAUAUAUACUUCACCACCCUGGGACCAACGCAGUCACUGUGGCAGCAAAAAGCGAUUGACAAAAGUUUGCACUUUAAGUUACGUAUGUCAAAACCUGCUAAGGUGGCCUGAACAAGCCUGCAUCUUAAUAAACACGAUUUGUUAUUAAAAACC